CGUGCGGGAGCGAGCGAGUCCGACGGCACCCACUGCAGUACAGAUCGGCUGGAGAUCCGUUGGUGAUCAGCUCAGAUCGGACUCGCUGCAAGAACAACAUACAGAUCAGUACGGAAGAUAUCCGCGCGCUCUCUUUUAAAUGUUUAUAAGUUUGAAUGCUUUGAUCACCUGUGGCUCUGCGGUUAAUUAUUAUUGACGAUGGACGAGUUGCCGGACUUCAGAGAUGUGGAGAAUAAAGUGGGCCGUAAAGUUCCGGAGAGUCUGAUUCGAUCAUUCACAACCGGACCCGCUGAGAUCAGAUCUACAGAAACACGCGUGAACUCUCACGAUCUACAAACUUUAAACAGCAAAAUCAUCUUCCUCAGACAGCAGAUGGCUCACCUCCGCGCUGUAGACGUCAAACUGAUGCAGCAGCUGCUGUCAAUCAACGAGGGCAUCGAGUCGAUCCGCUGGGUUAUGGAGGAGAGAGGGGGCGUGGCCAGCCGGGAGGGCAGCUUGUCUGGCAGUUUGACGAGCAGUUUGUACAGCCUAUCGGACAGCCAGGACGCCUCCCAUCACGGGAGCUGCGCCGAUGAAUUGGAUGGUAUUUCAGUGGGCAGUUACCUGGAUGCGCUCGGUGAGGAGGAUCCUGAUCUUUCAUCAUCCUCCAACCUUUUUGACAGCUUCAAUGGAAAACCUGCUAUUGAUGAGGAGAUGUUUAAGAAAUCGACCGUCCGUCCUCGCGUAGAGACCGAUGAGUACUACUGUUUCGGAUAACCCUAGCCUGUGUUUGGAUGAUGGUUUAUUUUGUUUUAUGGUGUAGCUGAAAGAACUGGGAAACGUGACGUUUGGUCAUCGAGUAAGUCACAAGGUUUGGAUAAUGAAAGAUACACGUAGACUGAAAUGACUUUAGCUUGGCAGACCGAGCUUGCAGGAGGUUUUCUCUGUGCUCAAUGUAGCAUCAAAUAUUUCUUGUCAAGACUAUUUGUCUUAGUUUGUUUUAGAAACAAACAUUUAAAGGCGACUUAAGUUAAGAAUUAUUACGUCAUAAAACGUACAGACAGUAAUUCGCGGUGGUCUCUGUUCUGCUUCUGUGUAAAUCCAGAUUCAAUAUGGUUUCAAUUUGAUUAUGAUUCUGUAUAUAUACACAUCCUCUUACUGACAAGACUAGCCUUGUCCAGACCCAAACCCCCCUAAACCACCUUACCCAGCUAAAAAAUAGACUCAGAGACAGUUUUAGCUGGUCUUGUCAGUAAGAUGUUCAUAUAUGGACGGAAUCAUAAUCAAACUGAAACCAUAUUGACCAGGUUGACUAGCUAGAAAAGUGUCUAAAACCCAUCUAAAACCUGCCUGCUAUCCCAGCCUAACCAGCUAAAAUCGGCUUAGGUUGGUCUUAGUUAUUUUUUCAGUAGGUAUGUUAGAAGAUAAUGUGUUAACUGGUUUGCGGUGAGAAAGUUUACCUGUUCAAGCUUUUUAGCUCAUAUAUUUGACAUUCUUUAAGUCUUAGGGGUGCUUCACAUUUCACGUCUUUUGCGCGCAGAUACAUUAUUUAGAAUUUAGACGCUAGAGGUGGGCGAUAUGAUCAAAAUCUUAAGUCAGGAUAGGAUUCCUUUUAUAUCAUGAUAAUGGUUUGUAUGAAUCACGGUGAGAGAUUUUCUCUCAAUGCUGUUUGAUUUACAUGAGUGACAGACAGGAGCUAAAAUUAGGUAACUUCCCCUUUAAAGCAACACCAAAGUUUUUUUUUACCUUAAAAUAACGUUUCCAAAAAAGUUUCACUCGAAACAGGGUGAACGACACUUUCGCUUUGCAGCCCUCUAUCGGCCAAAACCGCACUAAAGAAGUUUCCAACCGUCCUGUAGUUCGAGUGAAAACUACAAAAACUUGCUUUAUGCCAGACCUACAAUCCAAUCAGAGCCAGAUUUGCUGCAGUAGGCCAAAGUAUUUACGACAGUGGUAAUGGACAAUUACGCUUCUAACCUGUAGAGGGAGCAAAGAGCAAAAACUCUUUAGUUUUGCUUUAAGACCAAAGUCCAGAUCUAAUCUACUGUUAGACAUGCAUUUUCUUUUUCUGCUGUUUACUUUCGUAAAAAAAAAAACUUACUUUUUCGUGACUAUGCGCACAGCAAGUGGGCGCGUAACCUUGAUAAAGACGAUAGUCCAAAAUCUCUACUGGUUUAGCAUACCUACCGGUUUAUCACCCACUCGUAGUAGACACGCUUUUUUUUUCAGGCACAGCAGCACCGCGGUCAGUUGAAAAUACUUAUUUUCAGAAUAUCGGGUUGGAAAGAAAGAGAAAAGCGUUGUGGUUUUAGACGUGAAAUGUGAAGUGCUAAUGGUUUGUAAAGCUAACGUCAUAGAUUCAUCUCUUGUUUACUUUGAUGUGAGUCUCUACUGCACUGUUUAUGAACCUCAAUAGGAUUUCUGCUUGAUUAGGUUUUUGUGUUUUUAUCUUGAUUUUUUUGUGUUGAAGUGCAAUUUUUUGUCCUGCCAAAGUCUCAGGAGACUGAACUGAAAUCUUAUUGGCACAUGAUUCAAGAUUUGACUCUUCUCGGUAAUAAAGAGAUUCAAGGGAAAAUUUUCUUUGUUACUUAAAAGUUUGUAGUCUGUAGUAACAUCAAAUAUAUUUACACAACAGCAGUUUGUUUUUUGCUUUUAUUAAUUUAUGUUUUUUUUUAUCUUGUGACCUUUAUCUUUUUAUUUAUUUAAUUUCAUCUUAAUAGAUGAAUUCUGUGACGUUCUGAUGUUUUUUAACCAUGUCAAAAUCUUUUCACAUUGACAAAAUAAACAAACUAAAGAGAAUCAA